AUGGGUAACUCAAGCUCAAAAUCCUCUAAGAAGGAUUCACGUUCAAGCACCUCCUCGAGAAACCCCCGGCCUCCAGUCUCUAGGACUGACACGUCUCAUUCUGUGAAGUCUUCGAAAUCAAACAAAUCUUCGAAAUCAAAACGAUCCCUUCCCUCAUCGUCCACUACAAAUGCUACUUCAAACGUUGCCGAUCCCCCAACUCCAUCCAAGUCAAACCUUGAAGCUAAUCAUCAGCGACAUAGCUCACACACGAGUCACCACCACCUCUCCCCUCGUUCAUAUUCGCAUUCGAAUUCUCAAAGUGAGUUGCUAACUACGCCUUCGUCUUCUUCCACAAAGAGACCCUCUACUUCAAGAAGGUCGAGCUAUAAUACAAAGGCCGCUGCCGAUCUACCGCCUUCGAUGAUCCAAAUGGCACCCAAGUCGCCCAUAUUAAAAACAAAUAACAGCAGCAUGCAUGUAUCUAAGCAUAAACCUCCAUAUUCCUCCACAUAUUAUGAAAACGCUUUAACAGAUGAUGAUAAUGAUGAUAAAGAUAACGAAACAACACAUACAAAAAAGUUUUCCAAAUCUUCAAAUUCUCGUCCCUCCAGUAUAAGAAGCGGUUCAAUGUCAAGAAGGAAAUCAGAUGUAACUCACGACGAUAGUAACAACAACAACAACGGGUCCUCAUCUACUAACAAUCAGGAAAGUUACUUGGUACAGGCACUGACCAGGUCAAACUCACACGCAUCCUCACUACACAGUAGGAAAUCUUCCUUUGGCUCGGAUGGUAACACUGCUUACAGCACUCCAUUAAAUUCGCCAGGAUUAUCCAAACAACUGGACCACUCCGGCGAAUACUUCACAUCUAAUCCAACGUCCUCUUUGGGCCACCAUUCAAGCCGUGACGUUUACCCAAGUCAAUUACUCAAUCAGGACGCUGAUAUCGAAAAUUCAUCCCAAUUGAACGACGUCGAUACGUCCAUGGAAAAUACUAAUGACAACUAUAAUAAUACCACAAACAACAAAAACGGACCGAGUGCCCUGCUGAAUGAAGAUUUUGAUGACAUAAUGCAUUCUUCCGCAAAUAAGAAUGCCACCAAAAAAUUCAAAAAACCUAUCGAUAUUGAUGAAACCAUUCAAAAAUUACUAGACGCAGGUUAUGCGGCUAAGAGAACCAAGAAUGUCUGCCUGAAAAAUAAUGAAAUCCUACAAAUUUGCAUCAAAGCCCGCGAAAUUUUCCUCUCUCAACCUUCGUUAUUAGAGCUAUCACCUCCUGUAAAAAUUGUGGGCGACGUUCACGGGCAAUAUGGUGAUCUUUUAAGACUUUUCACUAAAUGCGGAUUUCCGCCAUCUUCAAACUACCUAUUCCUAGGUGAUUAUGUAGACCGUGGUAAACAGUCGCUCGAAACAAUACUACUACUGUUUUGUUACAAAAUAAAAUACCCAGAAAAUUUCUUUUUGCUAAGAGGCAACCACGAAUGUGCCAAUGUCACAAGAGUCUAUGGAUUUUACGAUGAGUGUAAGCGUCGUUGUAAUAUCAAGAUCUGGAAAACUUUUAUCGACACUUUUAAUACGUUGCCGUUAGCUGCCAUUGUUGCAGGGAAAAUUUUUUGUGUUCAUGGUGGAUUAUCGCCUGUUUUAAACUCAAUGGAUGAAAUUAGACAUGUCGUUAGGCCCACUGACGUACCCGAUUUUGGUUUAAUUAAUGAUCUUUUAUGGUCAGAUCCAACAGAUUCACCCAAUGAAUGGGAAGAUAAUGAACGUGGUGUAAGUUACUGUUAUAAUAAAGUAGCUAUUAACAAAUUUUUGAACAAAUUCGGGUUUGAUUUAGUUUGUAGAGCUCACAUGGUUGUAGAGGAUGGUUACGAAUUUUUCAAUGAUAGAAGUUUGGUCACAGUAUUUUCUGCACCAAACUAUUGUGGGGAAUUCGAUAAUUGGGGGGCUGUAAUGAGCGUCAGUGAAGGUUUAUUAUGCUCUUUUGAAUUGUUGGACCCGCUAGAUAGUGCCGCCUUGAAACAAGUUAUGAAAAAGGGUAGGCAAGAAAGAAAACUGGCUAAUCAACAACAACAGUUCAUGGAAACGAACAUCUCCAAUGAUAAUGAAUCUCAACAACAAGUUUACUAA